ACAGCGAACUCGAGGUUGAAGGAACGGCAGAGGGAUAUCUUUUUGAAGUCUUUUUUCUACACAAUAGGCCACAAAAAGUGUAAAUAUAUAAAACAAGACAUGGAUUCAAAUUCAGGGAGAGUCUCAACGCCGAUUCGGUCACCAACCGAUAAGGAUUCACGGACGCUGACAGUCAAUCGAACAAGCGACUUUCCUUUCGAAUUUCGAAGGGCCAUGCUCAGUCCACCAACUGGACAACUUAGGAGAGAUUCAACGGGCUCUCUGUCACCCGAUGAUGAUAUUACUUUGGAAAAUCUCGACAACGAUGAAGAUUGGGACACAGACCUGGAGACCGAUGAUUGCAAAGAGGAAUACGAUGUUACAGGAAGAACAACAUAUAUUCAGGCUUGCAGAGAAGCUGGUGUCAUUCCAGCAUCCUUCUUUUURCGCAACAUGCAAGAAUCAGAUGUUGAUAUCAAGCAUCAUGGACUUGGGCCGAUGGGUGCUAAAGCAAUAUCCAUUGCACUAGUUUCUAAUACAUCGGUAAUCAAGUUAAAUCUAAGAGAUAACUGGCUUGGGGCAGAUGGUGCUUCAUUUAUUGCUGAAAUGUUGAGGGAAAACUGUUAUAUCUCAGAUCUUGAUAUGUCCGAAAAUAGGCUUGGAGACAGAGGUGCUGAAUGUCUUGGUGAUAUUCUUGUGCACAAUUCAAAUAUUCUUAGACUGACUGCUAGUGGAAAUGGGUUUGAAGACAAAGCUGCUGGAACACUUGCAGAGUCUAUCAAGACAAAUACUACAGUUAAAUACCUGUGUCUCAGUCAUAAUCGAAUUGGAGAGAAAGGAGGUCAGCUGCUUGCACCUGCUUUAGCUGCAAAUGAUGCUUUAACAGAAUUAGAUCUCAGCUGGAAUCAUCUUCGUGGUAAAGGAGCCUGUGCAUUGGCUCUAUCACUAAAGGAGAAUAUAACGUUGAAGAUCCUUAACCUGGCUUGGAAUGGUUUUGGGAAUGAUGGAGCUUUAGCUAUGGGAGAGGCACUCAAAGUUAACUCAUCACUACUUGAACUUGACUUAACGAACAAUAGAAUAACAGCUGAAGGCGCUGUACAUCUUGCCAAGGGACUGAUGGUUAAUACAACUUUACAAGUGCUUAAGGUUGGUAAAAAUCCUAUGCAAAGCGCUGGUGCUUAUGCGAUAGUCAACUCGAUGAAAAACAAUCCCGAAUGUGCAUUGGUGGAAGUGGAGCUCACGGACAUCAAUGUCAACAACGACUUCAUUGAAUUAUGCAAAGAGGUUUUACUUACUCGGCCAAACGUACGGAUAUCCCAUGGCGGUAGUGGUGGGGCGUUGUCCAAACCUAAAGGCCGCCCUUCACCUAUGAAAAUUCUUAAAAACUACAUCGUUGACAACAGGAUGAGGCUUCUGGAUUUCUUUAACACAUUAGACAAAGAUAAAAGUAUGAGUAUUUCGAUAAAGGAGUUUGCUGAUGGACUGAAGGAAACAGGAAUAGAUAUGAAAUACGAAGAACUUUUCACACUCAUCGAAACCUUAGAUAAAAACAAGGACGGCGAGAUAAAUUACAGUGAACUUGUUAUGGGAUCAAUAGAACAAGUCAUAGAAGAUAGAAAAGAGAAGAUUAAAGAACAAGCCGCUGAUGAAAGACGUAGACGUAUCCUAUCACCAGAACCACCUCCACCCAGUAGAUAGAUCCAUUUCAAUAGAUUUCCUACCUUGAAAUAUAAAUACACACACAAAAUAUCCUCGCCCAUUGCAAAUGAUGCAAUAUUUAUGAAUGGUUAUUGCUUAUAGCUUCGGYGCGCAUAUAUAAGCAAAGCACUGUGCACUUAAUUAAGACCUACUUGUGGUUUAUUUUUCGCGCACACGCUUUGUUAUCAUUCUUUGAAGAAACGAUGUGGAUUCUUUGCGGGUCCGGCUUUUAGUCAGCUGACUCAAUGACGCUGGACUGCAAAUGUGCUGGCUCUGCUGUUCGAGAAGAGAGUCUUAUACAUAACGUUUUUUAGCUAUAGCGCUUUCGAAACGCGUAGAUCUCCAUGGCAAAGUAAGAGCUUGUAAAGUACACCUUUGUUAGCAUCAUUGAAAUUCAGUUAAUUUCUAAGUACGAGAGCGGUCGAUUUUCUCUUGAGCGGUCGAUUUAUAGGGAAUCAUUAUUGUUUCUGUAUAGUUUCCAUAAUGAAAGAAUUACACUAUAGUUUUGUAGAUAUAGAACACAAAUUACAAUUAGUAUUUUCAUAAUCAUAUUUAUAGAAUCAAUUUUCUAAGAAAUUUUCAAUCAAUAUUACAAAGAAGAAUUUUUGUCAGAAAAAGAAAUAAUUUGAAUGUAUAAAACAUAUAGACAAAUCAACCAAUAAAUACAAUAGUUAAUAACUGUAACGUGUUAUACUGAAGUGGAAUUACUUUCGAAAGCAAAUGAAUAAACUAUUCCGGGUUUUCUGGACAGAUUUUUUU